AUGACAAGCCGUAGAAGAGAAGAUGAUGAAAAAAAGGAAGAGAAGGAACGAGAAAGAGAAACAAAAACAAGAAGAAUAAGAAAUGAAGAUGAAAGGGAAAGAGAAGAAAGAAAGAGAAAAACGAAAAAGAGGGAGAAUAGGAAAGAAAGGAAAAGAAAGAAAAGA